AUGGGAGUUCAUGGGUUAUGGGCCAUCCUGAAUCCCAUUCAAGAGCAUAUUCCUCUUCGUGGUCUCGGUGGAAAAAAGCUUGCAGUCGAUCUCAGUGGGUGGGUUUGCGGUGAUAUGUGCGUCAAUCAACGUGUUCAAACGGGUUGUAAGCUCUAUCUUCGGAACCUUGUAUUCCGCCUUAUAGCUCUCCUCCGCGAGUCAAUUCUCCCCAUAGCAGUUACUGAUGGAACAGCUCCCGUCAUCAAAGCCCAAGCUAUGCAAUGUCGACGUCAGUUCUCAAGACUAAAUAGUUCUAAUGAUCCAACAAAAUCGAUUUCUCUUAAACGUGCCCAGUUUUCCCUGUCCCAUUUAUUUCAGUAUAUUGCUUACUACACUUCAUUGCAGUGCGUUCAACUCCUGCGCGCUCUUGGUAUUCCUUGCAUAGCUUCUCCCGGCGAAGCUGAGGCCAUGUGUGCUUUUUUGGACAUGGAAAAUUUGGUUGACGGAUGCGUGACAAAUGACGGUGAUGUUUUUCUCUAUGGUGCCAAAGUAGUCUAUCGUCACUUUUCUCUCAACUCUAGGGAUGCCUCAGUGGAAGCCUAUUUCAGUGAACACGUUAACACUCGCGUUGGUCUCUGUCGAAAAUCCCUCGUUUUAUUGAGCCUCGUACUUGGGUGUGAUUACUGGCCCCAAGGGGUACCUGGUGUAGGCCCUGUCUCAGCUGGUCGUGCUCUGGCUCAAGUAGACAUCAACGAAGCUCUAGAUCGCCUUUCCAAUGGCAGUGAUACCUGCUCUUCCAGCAGUGAUGCUGAUAAAAUAUGGAGUAGUCCCAUAUGGCGCAAAAUUAUCAGAGGACUUACUGAAUGCCCGGUGACUCAUAUUGUGGAAGAGUUCUUAAUGCCUUGGAAGGAGCGUGGAUGGCAGAUGCCAACGUCAAAAAGUCUCCAAUGGACUCGGCCUAAUGUGCGUCAGGCCGUCGAAUUUUGCAUUAACUUUCUCGAUUGGCAACCCUCUUAUGCUCUGGCUCAAUUCACUCCGUUGUUAGCUCUUUGGAUUAUUCGGUCGUCUAAUGCUGAGUCGUUUGUGGGGAUUAUGGAGCCACUUAGGUGA